AUGGAGAGGAACACUCCGGUGAGGAAACCGCAUACUUCAACUGCAGAUCUGCUUACUUGGUCGGAAACUCCGAUUGCAGAUUCGCCAGCUCCGGCUUCUUCUGCUUCUCGUUCUCACCAGCCGUCGGAUGGGAUCAGCAAGGUGGUGUUUGGAGGUCAGGUUACUGAUGAAGAGGUUGAGAGCUUGAACAAAAGAAAGCCUUGUUCGGAGUAUAAGAUGAAGGAAAUUACUGGUAGUGGAAUAUUUGUAGCCAAUGGAGAAGACGAUGACACAGAGGAUGGCAGUGCCAAUCCUUCUGCAAACAAAACUGGAAUUCGCAUGUAUCAGCAAGCUAUUGCGGGAAUCAGUCACAUCUCUUUUGGCGAGGAAGAGAGUGUUUCGCCAAAAAAGCCUGCCUCUUUGCCCGAGGUUGCUAAGCAGCGUGAGCUCAGUGGAACUAUGGAAAGUGAAGACAAUAAGCUGAACAAACAGCUUUCUGAUGCAAAGUUCAAGGAGCUUAGCGGUCAGGACAUAUUUGCUCCACCACCUGAAAUCAAACCUCGGCCAAUAACUGCUCGCACACUCGAGUUGAAAGGGAGCAUAGACAUCGGAGAUAGCCAUGGUGGUGAUGGAGACGAAGGCGUGACUCCAGGCGAACCAGUUCUGAAGACAGCGAAAAAGAUUCUUAACCAGAAAUUUGCAGAACUGUCAGGAAACAACAUAUUUAAAGGCGACGCUCCACCUUUGUCGGCUGAGAAAUCAUUAAGCGGGGCAAAACUCCGGGAGAUAAGCGGCAGCAACAUCUUUGCCGAUGGGAAGGCGGAGUCUAGAGACUACUUAGGCGGCGUGCGGAAGCCGCCUGGUGGCGAGAGCAGCAUUGCCUUGGUAUAA